AUGUCGAACACUCUCAUCCAGGCCGAGCACGGCCAAACCGCUGGCUGGUGGAUUGCGACCACGUAUAAGCCGUCGGUGGAAGCUAACAUGACGUCUCCAAACAGCUCCGUGGAACUAAAGGACGACACCGUCAUUGUCGUUCUGGGUGCCUCUGGUGACCUGGCUAAGAAGAAAACAUUCCCUGCAUUGUUCGGCUUGUACCGGAACAAAUUCCUGCCCAAGGAUAUUAAGAUCGUGGGAUAUGCCCGUACAAAGAUGGACCACGCCGAGUACCUGCGGCGGGUGAAGUCGUACAUCAAGGUGCCCACCAAGGAGAUCGAAGAGCAGCUGGAGAGCUUCUUAAAGCUUUGUACAUAUAUCUCCGGUCAGUAUGACCAGGAUGACUCUUUCAUCAACCUCAACAAGCACCUGGAAGAGAUCGAGAAAGACCAAAAGGAACAAAACCGAAUUUUCUACAUGGCUCUCCCACCAAGCGUCUUCAUCACUGUCUCGGAUCAGUUGAAGAGAAACGUCUACCCCAAGAAUGGCGUUGCGCGAAUCAUUGUCGAGAAACCCUUCGGCAAGGACCUUCAGAGCUCUCGGGAGCUGCAAAGUGCCUUGGAGCCUAACUGGAAGGAGGAGGAGAUUUUCCGCAUUGAUCAUUAUCUGGGCAAGGAGAUGGUUAAGAACAUCCUCAUUCUUCGGUUCGGUAACGAGUUUUUCGGCGCUACCUGGAACCGUCACCACAUUGAUAACGUUCAGAUUACAUUCAAAGAGCCCUUCGGCACGGAAGGUCGUGGUGGUUAUUUUGAUGAGUUUGGCAUUAUUCGUGAUGUCAUGCAAAACCAUCUUCUCCAGGUUUUGACCCUGCUUGCCAUGGAACGCCCAAUUUCUUUCUCUGCCGAGGAUAUCCGUGACGAGAAGGUGCGCGUAUUGAGAGGAAUGGACGCCAUCGAGCCCAAGAAUGUCAUCAUCGGUCAGUACGGUCGGUCGCUCGAUGGCAGCAAGCCUGCAUAUAAGGAAGACGAUACCGUCCCCAAGGACUCGCGUUGUGCCACAUUUUGCGCCAUGGUUGCCUUUAUUAAGAACGAGCGAUGGGAUGGCGUUCCCUUCAUCUUGAAGGCCGGAAAGGCCCUCAACGAGCAAAAGACCGAAGUCCGUAUUCAAUUCAAGGAUGUCACUUCUGGAAUCUUCAAGGACAUUCCACGAAAUGAGCUUGUCAUCCGAGUGCAACCCAACGAGUCCGUCUACAUCAAGAUGAACUCCAAACUCCCUGGUCUUUCCAUGCAGACUGUAGUGACCGAGCUGGACCUCACCUACCGCCGCCGCUUCUCUGAUCUGAAGAUCCCUGAAGCCUACGAGUCGCUUAUCCUCGAUGCUCUGAAGGGAGACCACUCCAACUUUGUCCGUGAUGACGAGCUCGACGCUAGCUGGAGAAUCUUCUCCCCUCUCCUGCACUACCUUGACGACAACAAAGAGAUCAUCCCCAUGGAGUAUCCAUAUGGCUCUCGAGGACCCGCGGUUUUGGACGACUUCACCUCAUCAUUUGGAUAUAAGUUCAGCGAUGCGGCAGGCUAUCAAUGGCCCCUUCACUCCGCGGCUCCCAACCGGUUGUAG